AUGGUAAAACAAAUUAUUCUACCCAUCUUCUACGACGUAGAUCCAUCAGAGGUACGACAUCAAAAAUUGAGUUUUGGAGAAGCAUUCGCCAAACUUAGAUAUAAGUUGAAGGAUGAAGUAAAUGUCACAAAGUGGGAGGCAGCUUUGGAAAAAGUAGCCAAUUUGUCCAGACUCGAAUUAGGGGACAAGAAUGAAUUGGAGUUUAUUCAGGAUAUCAUUAAAGGGGUGGACUCAAAAGUGGUAAAUCGUACAUUUCUUAAAGUUGCUAAGCAUCCAGUUGGAAUAGAAUCGCGUGUACGAGACAUUUAUCAGCAUUUAAGUAUGGAAAGAAAUGAUAUUGUCUGCAUGGUUGGGAUAUUCGGAACUGGUGGAAUUGAUGAUGUGGAUGAGUUGAAACAACUAGAAACAUUAGCUGGAGAUCGUAAAUGGUUUGGUCCAAGAAGUAGAAUCAUCGAGUUGAAGAUUUUGGCAAACGAUGAAGCUCGUAAGCUCUUUAGCUUGCGUGCUUUCAAGAAAGAAGAACCACUUGAUGGUUAUGCGGAAGUCUUUGAACAAGUCAUGGAAUAUGCGCAAGGUCUUCCACUAGCUUUAACAGUGUUGGGUUCAAAUCUAAAAGAUAAAACCAUUCGUGAAUGGGAAAGUGCAUUGGAUGAAUAUAAACAAAUACCCGACAAAAAUAUUCAGGGUGUACUUCAAGAAAGUUAUGAUGGACUAGAAGAACAUGAGAAGGACAUGUUUCUUGAUAUUGGAACAAACAAUGUUGAGGGGAUAAAAGUGGUUCUACCUGAGGGUCAUAAUCAUGAUGACAUGAUACGCUUGAGUCCCAAAGCGUUUGCAAAGAUGAAAAGACUAAGAUAUUUUAUAAGCCGGGGUGCAUGCUUUUCUGGAGGAGUACUUAGUUAUCUUUCUAAUGAGUUAAGAGUACUUGAUUGGUCAAACUGUCAUUUACCAUCUUUGCCAUCCAAUUUUCAUGGAGAGAAGCUUGUUGUUUUUAAAAUGAACGAAGGCCGCAUCAAGGAGAUCAAUUGCUGGAAAUUUAAGAACUUGACGGUAAUGAAAUUUUCAAAGUGUAAGUUCUUAAGCAAUAUCCUAGAUGUUUCGAGUUGCUCAAAUUUAGAGAGAUUGGACAUUGAGAUGUGUGAAAAUUUAGUUGAAGUUCAUGAUUUUGUUGGAUUCCUGGAUAAGCUUUUGCAAAAUCAAAAGGAGCUUUGUCUUAGUGACUACUCUAUAAUGCUUAAAGAAGAUGAACGGUAUUCAUCCAUUAAUGUAUGCUUCACUGGGAUUGAACAUUUAUCUAUAGAAGAGUUAGAUCUAUCUAAAAGUGCAAUUGUCAGCCUUCCUCCGAGCAUCGAAAGCUUUGUUAAAUUGAGGAUUCUCAAAUUGCAUGGAUGCAAGAAACUUCAAGAAAUUCUACAUCUUCCACCAAAUAUACAAGAGUUAGAUGCUUAUAAAUGUCACUCCUUGGAAAGAUUCCCAGAAGUAUCAACAAAAUUUCCAUUCUAUACAUGUGGCUUGCAAGAGCUAAGAUGGAUUGAUUUGACCAGUUGCCAUAAAUUGGAUGUAAAUAUAGGGAGUCUGGAGCCAAAUCCUUCAUUUCUUGAGGAACAUAUUCAAGACCAUUCAUGUGGUAUUACAUUUCCAGGGAAUAAGAUUCCAGAUUGGUUUAGCCAUACUAAGGAAACUUCAAAUGGUGAUCAUUCCUGUGAAUUGGAUAUACAUGGGCCCUUGUAUUUGGAUAAAAUCAUUGGAAUUGUUUUCUGUGUUGUUCUUAGAAAAAGCUUUCACCCGUGUUCAGGAGUGUCGCCCCAUUUUUGUGUUUCUAUAAACGGUAACAGGCUUGUAAACUACUCAUGGCAUGAAGACUGGUAUGAUAGAGUCUCGAAUCCUGUAUAUCUAAACUACUCAUUUCCAGAAUCUAUCGAGCAAUGGCUACGGUACCCAACAGGAGACACAGAAUUUAUCGAGCAAUGGCUACGGUACUCAACAAGAGACACAGAAUCUUUCGAGCAAUGGCUACGGUACCCAAAAGGAGACAAUCUAAGGUUUAUAUUUGAGAGCGAACCGGGCUUUAAAAGUUGUGGAGUUCACAUAAUCUCUAAGGUUCAAUCUGAAAUCUUUAUUGUCUUGCUUUAAAAAUCUUUUAAGCUGUCUCCAAGUUCAUCCUCUGUAUUUGCUUGAAAACAAAGACCACAGCUGCUAGAUGAGCACCGAUUGCAAUCCUAAAAUAUUUUACUUGAUUUUAUAUGUAUACUUUGGUUGUAGCUAGUAAUCCAUUGCAAUCGAGAAUAGUUUCAUCCUUUGUAUUGGGCCAAGCUCCAUUUCGUAGCUAGGAGCAUAAAA